GGGAGGAGGGGGGCAGGAGAGCGGCCGGCACCCACGAGAGGCCGCCACGCGCCGAGGGGGACCGCGCGAGGACGCCCGCCGGCGGCCGCGGCUGCUGCGCGCUCGCGCGCGCUCCCGCGCGCUCCCGCUUCCCCUCAGCCCCCGCCGUGCGCGCGGCCUGAGCCGCCGGCUGCAGUGAUUGGAAUCCGGCUCCUUCCCGCCCCGCCCGCGCGCCGCAGGGACGGGCCGCGCCGCGCCGGGAGCGCCUGCCGGGACGGAGCCUGCGCCGAGCCCGGGCCGCGCCGUCCCGCCCUCGCCCUCCCCCGCCCGACACGCACCCGCCUUCGCCCCCGUCUCACCGGAGCCGUCGGGGCCCCGGGACCGGCCUGCGGAGCGCGGCGGGGAGCGGGCCCCCUCCCCCUUCGCCUUCCCUCCCGCCGCGGAGGAUGAGGAGCCCCCACCGCCGAUUAAUAGAAAUAUGCAUUUCCAUAAUAUCACCUUUGAACUAAUGAAGUGGAAGUACAGAUGAAAACAGUCUGGAGGAAGCUUGAAGUACAAUACAGUUUCAUUCAGUUUCCUAAUUCUGAGGAAACGAAGUUGGAAAAGUUACAAAAGCAUCUUUGCAGUCAAGCACCAAAUCUUGUAUUAGGCUUCACCGAACAGACUAAGCUUAGCAGUUGUCAAGCAGAAGGGCAAGUUGCCUUGCACAGGAAGUAUUAAAAGUGAACAAUGACUCGAUCGAGGGUUUAUGAGCGAUUGCUUGGAGCCUACCUGCUUAUAACUCUCCAUGUUCAAGGUCAAAAUCUAAACAGCAUGCCUCAUGGCACAGGAAUGAAGACAAAUCCUGACCAAAAGAAACAAGCAAAUGGAGUAACACUCGCUCCAGAAGACACCUUACCUUUUCUUAAGUGCUACUGCUCAGGACAUUGUCCAGAUGAUGCUAUUAAUAACACAUGCAUAACUAAUGGGCAUUGCUUUGCUAUCAUUGAGGAAGAUGAACAUGGAGAACCCACGCUUGCUUCUGGCUGCAUGAAGUAUGAAGGUUCAGACUUCCAGUGCAAGGACUCACCUAAAGCACAGUUACGUCGAACAAUUGAGUGCUGUCGGACUGAUUUCUGCAAUCAGGAUUUACAACCAACAUUACCACCACUUGAUAGUACAGAUGGACUCUUUGAUGGCAGCAUUCGUUGGAUGGCAGUGUUGAUUUCUAUGGCAGUCUGCAUAAUUGUCAUGAUCAUCUUAUUUAGCUGCUUUUGUUACAAGCAUUACUGUAAGUCAAUGGCAAAGAGGCACUGUUAUAAUCGUGACCUGGAACAAGAUGAAGCAUUUAUUCCAGCUGGGGAGUCAUUAAAAGACCUUAUUGACCAGUCACAGAGUUCUGGGAGUGGAUCAGGACUGCCGUUGUUGGUUCAGCGCACUAUUGCCAAACAAAUUCAGAUGGUGAGGCAAGUUGGGAAAGGACGAUAUGGUGAAGUGUGGAUGGGCAAAUGGAGGGGUGAAAAAGUUGCAGUGAAAGUGUUUUUCACCACAGAAGAAGCCAGUUGGUUCCGAGAAACAGAGAUUUACCAAACUGUUUUAAUGCGUCAUGAAAACAUUCUUGGUUUCAUAGCUGCAGAUAUUAAAGGCACUGGCUCCUGGACACAGCUUUACUUGAUCACAGAUUAUCAUGAAAAUGGAUCAUUGUAUGAUUUUCUGAAAUGCACUACGCUAGACAACAGGGCUCUCCUCAAACUGGCGUAUUCUGCUGCCUGUGGCCUGUGCCAUCUGCACACAGAAAUUUAUGGGACACAAGGCAAGCCUGCUAUUGCACACAGGGACCUGAAGAGUAAAAACAUCUUGAUAAAGAAAAAUGGAACCUGCUGCAUUGCGGACUUGGGUCUUGCAGUCAAGUUUAACAGUGACACAAACGAAGUUGAUGUUCCCUUGAAUACUAGAGUAGGAACAAAACGUUACAUGGCUCCAGAGGUCCUAGAUGAAAGCCUGAAUAAAAACCAUUUCCAACCAUACAUCAUGGCUGACAUCUAUAGUUUUGGGCUGAUCAUUUGGGAAAUGGCUCGGCGCUGCGUCACAGGAGGUAUUGUUGAAGAGUAUCAGUUGCCAUAUUAUGACAUGGUGCCAAAUGAUCCAUCCUAUGAGGACAUGAGAGAAGUGGUGUGUGUCAAACGCCUACGCCCAGUAGUGUCGAAUAGAUGGAAUAGUGAUGAAUGUUUAAGAGCAAUAUUGAAAUUAAUGUCCGAAUGCUGGGCUCAUAAUCCUGCCUCAAGGCUCACUGCCUUGAGGAUCAAGAAGACACUUGCCAAGAUGGUGGAAUCACAAGAUGUAAAGAUUUGACAUAGUAAAUUGACAUUGGAGAGCAAAGCUGGACUCCUAGAUCUUUUCACUCAAACAUGGGUGAGACCUAUGUGGAAAGAGGAAAUAACUGAGAUUCAGUGUAUUUUCUCAGCACACUUCUACAGGCUGCUAAUCAAAUCUUUCAGUACUUCAUAGACUGUGAUACUGAGAGCCUCUAUAUACUACAUGCUACGUAUAUGGACAGCCUUGAUAAAAUACACGUUUUGUUUUUGUUUGAGCUGCAUUGAGACUUCAGUCAUACUUAGUGAGUCUCCAGUAAAACUCUGGGUACUGAAUUGAAUGUUCAGAUUACAGUGCUUUCUGUGAAAGCCUAACAAGCUAUAUGGAUUCAACAGAGAUGGAGAAUAUAAGCUUUUUUUUUGCCUUCUACCUGAUAAAACCUAGUCAAUCCAUACCAAGUUUUUGUGAAACAGCCUGUAGGUUAUGAAUCUGUUUGUGAUACUACUCAGUUUAACAGUUCCUUAUGCCAUUAUGUGUGUGCCAGGAUUAUUUUGCUGUCAUUUGGAAUAGAUAAGAAACCAUUUAAAUGAACAAAGUUUUAUGGUUAGGGCUCCAUGCAUUUUGUGGCUCCACAAUCAGAGAUUUGCUACAGAAUUUACAGUUUUAAUUUUAUUUCUAUUCUUGUUUUGGUCACAAGGAGAACUGCAAAAAUGUCAACCGUAAAUAAAGUAAGGAAUGCCUACCUGAGUCUGUAGAGACCUUGAAACAAUCGGUCUUAGAGGUAUAGACUGCCUUGGACAUCUCACAGUCUAUUGGGCUCCAUAAUUGGAUGACUAUGAAAUUUGACAUAUUUUUACAAUGCCACAUGCAACUAGCAUUUUUGCUGUAGAGUACUUCACAUCUUAACAGAAAGACCAUUGAUGAUGUGUUUUGCCUUUCUGCUUUAUUGGGACUCACUGGUAGGCAUCUGUCAUGCUCUGAACUUUUUUCCAUACUGGAGGGAAUCAUUUGGCUGUAGGAGCCUGCUUUUUCAUCAUUUGACAAAACUAGGCAGAAGGUAAGUUUUGAAAGGCUUGAGAACAAGUCUCAUUUACAGACACAAAAGAGGGAAGGCAGGAAGCGCAGGCCAGGCACUCAGAAAAUUAGAGACUAGACCAGGAGAACUGACUAUGUGAACUGCUGAAGAUAAGAUCCACGACGUGCAGAAGAUUUUGAGCUGGGUUGCCCUGAUGUAAAUGCAGGAGGCCACAUCUGUGGGCCACUUAGUGGACAGUUACAAAAAUUCAAGAUAUGAGACAAGGUAAAUCAGUGGGCGUUUUAAAUUCUCGUUAGGCACAUCUGGGAGGAAUAGCAUUGAAAGGUAAUUCAUGAAGAUAAAAGUAAAUUAACGUAAUUGCAAAAUUUGGUCCUAUUGUGCCAACUAUUUGGCAUGCACGGGAAACUAUAGUUCCCUCCUUUUCUUCAUUGAUCCAGACAAGUUGGUUAGAAACCAGAACCCCUCCAUGAGGUUACUGUAAGGCAGAAUUACUGAUUUAUAACUCCGUUGGCACUUCUACUUUGAAGUUAGAAAAUAGUACCGUAACUCAAGUUGCAGCUUCAAAUGCGUGAAUCAUCAGAAGAAUGAACACACAGUAUUGGAACCAUUGAACCUAUUUGAUAAUUUAAGUGCCUAUAACUUUGUACUGUAAAUCUUGUUCUAGAUAACUUUAAAAAGGGAGGUUAUUUAUACGGUGUGUUUUGUGCUUUAGUUAAAAAAACUCACCUAGUCCUAUGUACAAUUAGAUACAUGCACACACACACAUAUGCCAUAGUUGAGAUUUGAAGAAAAAAGUUAGGAAUAGUAUUAAAAUUGAUGAAAAAAUGUUAAAACUUCAGAUUGAUUUAUGCCAGAUUAUUUGUUGUCUUAAAAUAUGUACAUGGAGAUUGUUUUGAUAUGUGUUUAAAUUUCCCUUGGAAAUACAACUGAUAGAAAACAACAUAAUGCAGAAAUAAUGUGAUUUGUGAACAAUUGCAACUUUCUAACAUGUUAAUUUUUUUGUUCUAAUUCUGUAGUUCACAUAAUGUAAAUGGUCAGGCAAAAGAUUGCAGUAUUUUUAUUUUCUAUUGUGAUGUACAGACUUUAUUUAACAGUUCUACAUAUUUUAUAGAAAAGUAGCUAUUUCGAGGGACAUUUCUUUUUUUAAAAAAAAAUAAAGUCAUUACUUUUGUUCAGUAAUGCCUUUAAGUAUUAAUAUGUAUUCUGGCUGAAAAGUUCAUAGGUGUGUCAGCUAUGAUUUUAACUUAUUUGAAAACAGCAAGAGAUAUAUGAUAUUGUGCCACAAUCCUCAUGAUAAAGGGCUUUUUAAAACAACAUUUCUCCGUCCAUUGCCAAGAAAUAUAUGAUAAGUUUGAAAUCAUGUCUUCACGCAUAAUUUUUGCACAGGUAGUUGGAAAAUAUUUGGUAUGAGCCAAAAAAGUAAGGGAUAAGCUUUUUUUUUCCUUCUCUAAGAUUUUUAUCAAUAAGAAGGAAAAAUGUUUAGGUAAGUACCCUACUAGCUUAAACUUUGAGAGCAUGGAGGUCUAUUUAAAUUAACCCAUUCCUAUUUAGAAAUUCUUUUCUUUUAGAAGUUGCCACAGCAUUAUUAGCUGUAAACUUGGUUUGUGAAUUUUUUUUAAUUAAUUUUUCCCAUGUCUUUAGGAAGCCACUGAUGCAAAUGUGAAUUUGGAUAGUUUUUAAUUAUUCACUUAUUUUCUUCUCCAUUGUUUAGGCAUUUGCAAGGCAAUAGGAUGGUGAUCUUUAGUAGACAUCUUAAGAGCUGACUUGAUUUACACAUUCACUUUAACACAGAGGUGAGCUGACUGCUACAAAGAUGAUCUUUGAGAGAAAAAAAAAAUCUCUUCACCUUAAGCUUAAUCUUAAUUUUUCAGCACUUCAUUUACUAGGUUCAUACUCGAGCAUAUCAUGUGUGUGCAGUUGCCAUUGUCCUGAACAGGAGCUGCUAGGUCUUUAGCAUUCCUUGAUUCCCUGAUGUUCCAAAAAACAUUAUCACUAAUGGACAUGGUUGCAUAAAGCACUUGAGUACAUACUUACAUUCCAUGCAAAGUGAUUCAUUGUUUGGAGCCUAAGUAUGUCUAUACUGAUAUUUUAGCAAUCAUUUGGGGGGAAAAAAGCUCAAAGCUAGCCCAUUAAUUUUUACACAAUUAAGCAUACCUGGUGCAGAUUCUAAAGCUAAAUUGUUGCUUUAUGCAAAACUGUAGAGUUCAGAAGCCUUUAAGAUCAGGGAGAGUAACAGGAUUCUUCUGUUGGAGUGUGAUUAAUCUCAUUUUGUUGGUCAAAGUUUUAAGCAUUUGUCAUCCAAGGAGAACAGCCCCCAAAACUGGCAAAUGUUUUCGGGGUUUGUUUUGGGUUUUUUUAAAUAUAAAAAUCAGAAGGGUGGAAAAUAUCUUGGGGAGUAUCAAGACUGUGCCUUGGAAGUUCUUAAACACUCACAUAUGGAGGGGUUUUUCUGUAUUUAUUUAACCUACUCCGUGUGAUUUCAGUUAGGUGGAAAAUAAUUUGAGACACUUACAUAAUUCGUACUGUUACAGCAACUGAAAGGAAAGUUUCUGUGUUCCUGAUUAACUUGUAAAUUCCACAAGAAAUGCGAUAUUCCUACAGAAAAAUGUAGGCUUACAUUUUGAGUUGAUUAAGUUUUACUCAAUAAGGAAUUUUUCCUGAGUUUUACUCAAGAAGCUGACAGUUUUCCCAAUAUCCAUUGUUUUUCCCCAAUUAUUUUCUUAAUUAGUCUAUUUUGAGGUAUUGAAUAAAAUGUAAAAUGAAUAUUUUAAGUUACCUCCAUAGUAAUCUCGAAUCAAAUUUUAAAUCAUGAUCUAAAUGACCAUUUGAAUGUGUUUAUAAAACAAAUCAUUUGGAUACAUUUCAUCUACUCUUAUCUUCACAGACUGUAUUUUAACAGUCUAAAAUGUUUGAAAAGCAAAGAUACUAAGUGAAAAGGCAUUCUCUGACUAUUGCAGAUAUUUUUAAAGGGAAGUUACGUGCUCAUCUUCUGUCAAAUAUUAGAAUGAUUUAGCACUUCCUCGUUCUUCUGACAGUGCCUCUGAAGUCAAAAGUCUUUAUCCUGUGCCCACAAUCUUUAUUCCAAAUAGGGGUGAUGUCUAAAAGUGGCUGACAAUGUUGCACAAAAACAGUGCUUUAUGGAGCCAUGGUGUAUUAGCCUUGGUUGGUAUAGCAGAAGUGGAGUGCACAUUACGUCUAAUUUUUGAAUAGAUCUCUUGUAAUUGUUGCUUUGUAAUAUUUUACCUUUGAAUGCAAUUAUAGAAGCCCACAUCAUGUAGUGAUAUUUGUGCUCUGACAUGCCAUGCCCAAAAUGAAAUGUACUAUAUUGUAUACAAGAAGAAUAAAUAACAUUGUAGUUAACCUAGAGAAGAUGUAAAUAAAAUAUGAAAGAAGAGUGGAACAAGACAAAUGGUCACACUCUUGUGUGUGUUAUAUGCCAGAAGUGUAGAAUACUCCUUUAAAAAUGUAACACACUAAUGUAUUUUGUACAGCAUCUGCUUUAGAAGGUGCCUUAUUGAGUUUACCAUGAAUUGCUUGUUCUGUACACAGAUUAUGUCCAAUGUAUCAUUUUUAAGUAAAUAACCUUAUUUUAGUACACAUUAGUUAUGUGUUUUGUUACUAUAAGAUUUUGCCUUAAAAAUGUAAUGACUUGGAAAUCACAAUACUGUAACUAAAUAAUUCUCUACUUUUUAAUACCUCGUUUAUGUUUUCUUUACCCACAGUCUUUGAAUAAGUUGUUAAUGAUCACUUGUAUUGUUCAAUGGUGUUCAGAAUUAUUUGGUGCUCUCUAAGUUCAGGUUCUCCUGAUUUUUAUCCCUGACUUAUAGCAAAGCCAGAAGCAAGUCAAAAUUGAUUAAUUCUUUUAUUUGAGUAUAUGCAAGUUCACUACAAGUUGGGUUUAUCCAUAUAAACUUGCCUCAAACUCUUCAAGUAAAAAGAGAAAAAAUAAAGGGAUGGGGGAUUCUGUAAUUGGCUUUUGUUCCCUCUGUGUACAACAUUCCUUUUGUGAAGUGAUAACCAAAUUAAGAGAUUUGAGCUAAUAUACUUAUGUGCUGUUGGUUACAAAAUUAUGCAGGUGCUUCUGUAUAGCCUGCUAAAUUCACUCUGGUUUUUUAUGAUUUAAGCAAGUCAAGACCAAUCAAGGGGAUAUCUUAUCUGUGAGUACACAAUUCUAUAAAAUCUCAGAAUUUAUUUUCUCAUUGCAGAAAUGUAUUGGCUACUACUCUCCAUAGAUUUCACUUUUAGUUUGCAAGGUGGAAGAAGUAAGAUGAAUUUCUAUUCUCUUUUCGCCUUGGAUUAGGAAUAAUCUUAGCUUUAAAGAUAUUUUUUUGCAGUAGCUAGAAAGUUUUGAUAUCUGAGCAUCAUAUAAACUGUUAUCAGUAUAUUGUAAAGAUAAUUAUAACACUUUUUUUUUCUUCUUUCCUGUAAAGUCAAGUGUUAAAUUCUUGCAUUAGAGUUCUGGGAAGUACAGUGGAAGACUAGGAUGUAUGUAGUUUUAAACCUUUUUUUCCUCAAUACAUUAUGCCAAGAAAUUAUACCGCACAAAGAUUUGGUCUCUUUACGAUUAGUAUCUUCGCAAAGUAAACUUAUUCUUAUGGUAGUAGCUAUUGUGUAGUUUGUGGAAAAUCUUCACUGGUUACACUGAUCAUGGUUGGAUUGAAAACUGGGAUUUUUAUAUUAGUGUUACAGGAGGACAUAAUGAAAAUACUGUGGGUAACUGAAACUUUUUGCACCUGUUUUUGUUUUGAUGAGCACUUAAUUUUUUUUUUCCCUGAUGUUGCUUCUUGAAAUGACCACAGGAUGGUGCUAUAUCCUAAAGAUAUGAAGAUCCUUUUGAAAAAAUGGGAGGGGUUGGUAAAUGAAAAUAAAUUCUACUGCCUGCUAAUAA